CAGCCCCCUGGCCCCGAUCCGCAUGCACCGCUCCGCCCCAGGUCUGAAGGCAAAGUACUCACAGAGCCCGGCAAGCCAGGUGAAACUCUCGCCCCUCCACAAUAGGGUUGCCUUCUUUUUCCCCCUCUGCGCCAAGCGCGAGGCUGGAGCCAAUUUAGAUAUGCUAUAAAUUAAGAGGUUGCCAUGGCCACUGCCUCUCCAUUGGCCGCCGCCCCCCCGACGUGCCGCCCGACGUCACCAAAUCUGAAUAAGGAUGCGCGAAUUACUAAAGCCGGGAGACAAAGCUAGGCGAUGGGAACAGCAUGAAAGUGGAGCAAAGUCCCGGGCAGCCAUCCACACGCCGGCCGCGAGGAGGAGGAGGAGGAAGCCGCCGCCGCCGCCGCAGCAGCAGCAGCCAGGCGGACGGAAGGGAACGCGUUGCCGGGCCGGGGCCUUCCUCUUCUUCCUCUCCUCCCCUCGCUCGCCCCCCUCCUCCUCCUCCAGGCUGGCCACAGCGCAGGGGCCCGGCAUGCUGCGCUGAGCCUCGACGGCGUCCAAGCCAGCUGCCUCCCAGCCGGGGCGCCGCUGCUGCCGCUGCUACCGGACUCGACGGCCCCUGAGCCAGACACCGACGGGCGAGCGCCCUGAGCGCCCGAGGGAAGACGCGGGCGGCGGCGGCGGGCGGAAGAGGAGGCGGCGGAGGCGGCCCUGGGCCGGCGGCAGCGGGGCGGCUGCGUGCGGAGGCCCCUGCCCGUGCCCGGCGGCGGCGGCGGCGGCUGCUGCUUCCACCACCGCCGCGGCGAUGAUGGUGCACUGCGCCGGCUGCGAGCGGCCAAUCCUGGACCGAUUCCUGCUCAACGUGCUGGAUCGGGCCUGGCACAUCAAGUGCGUGCAGUGUUGCGAGUGCAAGUGCAACCUGACCGAGAAGUGCUUCUCCCGCGAGGGCAAGCUCUACUGCAAGAACGACUUCUUCAGGAGGUUCGGCACCAAAUGCGCCGGGUGCGCGCAGGGCAUCUCCCCUUCGGACCUGGUGCGGAAGGCGCGGAGCAAGGUCUUCCACCUGAACUGCUUCACCUGCAUGGUCUGCAACAAGCAGCUCUCGACGGGCGAGGAGCUCUACAUCAUCGACGAGAACAAGUUCGUCUGCAAGGAGGAUUACUUGAGCUCGACCAGCUUGAAGGAAGGCAGUCUCAACUCGGUCUCUUCGUGCACCGACCGCAGUCUGUCUCCGGACAUCCAGGACCCGAUGCAGGACGACACGAAAGAAACCGACAACUCCACCUCCUCGGACAAAGAGACCACCAACAACGAGAAUGAGGAGCAGAACUCGGGGACCAAGCGGCGGGGGCCACGGACCACGAUCAAGGCCAAGCAGCUGGAGACCCUCAAAGCUGCCUUUGCGGCCACCCCCAAACCCACCAGGCAUAUCCGGGAGCAGCUGGCCCAAGAAACGGGGCUCAACAUGAGGGUGAUCCAGGUUUGGUUCCAGAACCGACGGUCCAAGGAGCGGAGAAUGAAGCAGCUGAGUGCCUUGGGAGCCCGGAGACACGCGUUCUUCCGGAGUCCUCGGCGCAUGCGUCCUUUGGGAGGCCGCCUGGAUGAAUCCGAGAUGCUGGGCUCCACCCCGUACACUUACUACGGAGAUUACCAGGGCGACUACUACGGCCCGGGGGGUAACUACGACUUCUUCCCGCACGGCCCGCCCUCGCAGGCGCAGUCGCCGGCCGACUCCAGCUACAUCCCGACCUCGGGCGCCGGCUCGACCCCGCUGGGCGCCCUGGAGCCCCCGCUGCCUGGGCACCACGCUUCCGAGAACCAAAGGUACACCGAUAUGAUCUCGCACCCCGACACCCCGAGCCCGGAGCCCGGCCUGCCCGGCGCGCUGCACCCCAUCUCGGGAGAGGUCUUCAGCGGAGGGCCGAGCCCCCCCUUCUCCAUGUCCAACUACAGCGGGGGGCCCCUCUCGCACCCCAACCAGGAGCUCAACGAGACGGCCGUGUGGUAGAGCGCCCCCUCGCGGAGGGCGCGCCGGACCCGCACCCAGCCCUUGCCCGCCCUGUCGGGGCCGCAGACUCCAGGACCCAAAGCGCCACCGAGAUGCCAAAUAGCGCCUGGCAAGGCCUCCUUCCCCGCUCGGGGCCGCCCAAGGACCUGCGUAUCCCACUGCCUCGCCCCGGGUGGGCCCAGUGGAGACGCCCCUCCCAGCCGCAUCGCCCGGGGCCGCCCGACCGCGGCGGCUGCCUUCGUUCUCUGCGGAGCCUCCGCAGCGCGUCUCUGGCCUUCGCCACCUCCUUGGACCAAAGCUGGACUCGCCCGUUUCACAGUCGGAAGGAUGUGAGAGCAGAGGCGGGGUGGUGGGGGGGUGCGCACCCCUCCUGCCCCAGCCCAGGAUUGCGCCUCGCUUUGGGGUUUGGUUUUUGGUUUGGUCUUGGUUUUUUUCCCCUUCUUCUUUCUAAGUCAGACACAAAAACGGACAACCGAUUUAUUUUAAUUAGAAAUUUUAUUUUCCGUGUGUUCGACGGUGGCGGAAAACGGACCUGACAAUUGUCUGGAAAAAGGGAAAUGAUUCAUUGGUGAUACGUCGCCCCCUCGUGGUAAGUGCUGGAACGACUUGCAGGACUGAUUUAAAUCUGUUCAGAGGGAAUUGGGGAGGGAAUUUUUUAAUUAUUAUUAUUAUUAUUAAUAUAUUAUUAUUAAUUAUUAUUAUUAAUAUUAUUUUGGUGGAAAUAUAACCACAACUACCGAUAAAACAAACAACUUUGGAAUGUCGUUAGCAAACACCAGUCCAAUCCAAACCUUUCUUGGAGGCCACACAAGUUUAAGGAUGUAUUAUAGUUUUUUGCUCCUAGUUUCUUUAUUUUGUAUAAAGAAGAAACAAAUAAAGUUUUUGUGUUUAUUGAU